AUGGUGGCACGUAGUGUCACCCUCGCACUAGUAACAAUAUAUGAUUUCAUGUACAUCAGAGUAGUUACACUACAUACUGAUUCAUAUAAAUCUGCUAUACCUUUGCUUUGGAUACUACCUUUGGGUCGAGAAUGUUGUUUUUGGGAUGAUGAGAAGUUGAAAAAGAAAGCAUUAUGUAUUCGAACUUAUAUAUUGUGUAUGGAUGUUCAAGCUAGAAUGUUACUUGCUCAAAAUGGAUUUGACUUAUCGUCGUCACCAUCUCAGGCUACUUUUGAUGCUGACAAUAGUGAUGAUGAGGAAAUCAUCACCGCCGAUUCGAGAAUAAUAUUUCAUGAGAUGUGCAAUGAUUCAAUUUGCUCAAUUUCCAAGCUACCUGGUGCCACGAAAAUAUUUAAGAAAUUAGAAAGUUUUACUUCGACAAUAAGCCUGGAUGCUAAUCUAAUUGGAUCGUUAUAUGAAUCGUUAACAUUGGUUUGUGAUAACAUUUUAAAUAUGGAUUUAUCGUUUGAUUUAGAUUCUCAAGAGCAAUUAUUAACAAAACUCAUUAGUGUUCAAAACGGAAAAUCGGCAUCAACUGGACAAUUUAUUUCACUUCAAGAACUUUAUAUUAAGGAUUGUCACGAAUUGCAAGAAUCCGAUUUAAUAGAAAUAUUUAAUAAUAAUUUUAAUGAAUUAAGAAGAUUUUCAUUUGAUUGCGGAAAGUCAUUGGAUGCUGAUGAAUUAUUACGUCAAAUAGCCGAGAAUGUACCAGAAUCACUUGAAACUAUUAUGAUUAAAAUGUAUUAUUAUAAUCCAUGGAUAUUUAGUGCUACAGUUUAA